CUUGUUAGUGAUAGCCAAGGGCCGGAAACCACCCUCAGCAGACGGUCGCAUAAGCCAACUGUAGGCAUGCGUACAGUGGAAUACCACUCAGCAACGAGAGGGUCCACCUGUGGAUGCAGGGAACAAGUUGGAUGAAUCUCAGAGACAUUAUGUUAAUGACAGGAAGCCAGUCUCAACGGGCUACUUGCCUUGCGAUGCCAUCUACAUAAAGUUCCAGCAGGGAAAAAAGGACAGUGACGGAGAACAGAUCAGUGGUUGCCGGGGCUAAGGGUGGGACGGUGUGACAGUGAAGGGACAGCAUGAGAGAGUUUUACAGGGUGACAGACCUCUUCUGCCUCCUGCCUGUGGCUGUGCGAAUCUACACUUGCGUGAAGACUCAGGGAUCACCACACCAAAGGAAGGCAGUCACUUCUCCUACUGUAUGUUAGAUAAUUAAUAAAAGAAGAAGGAAGAAGGGAGAAGUGUCAUCCCAGGGGACUGGACAGGAGGGCGGAGACGUGUCACAGGGGAGCCUGGCCAAGUGACGCUCCCAGAACUCAUCUUCUGGGCCUGCGUGUGGAUGACACAAGGCCUACCACCUGGUACGACCAGCAACAUAUUCGGAAUGCACCCUUGCCGUGGAGGCGGGGACCCGGCAGCGUUACGUAUCCAGCGUCAACCUGCCAAGUUCCCCACCCAACUUGGUAGGGGUGAGGGUACGGGCCCUGAGGAGCCCAGGCAGCCACACUUUCUGGGGAGCCCGUUCCCGUUUGUGUUGCCAAAGUACCCCCAGCAGGUUGUGGGAAGGUUGCCGGUGAAGAGAGUCUGUUGGGGUGAGAUCUUAUAUGUGUGCACAGGGUGACAGCGGUGUCCCGUUCCCUGGGAAGCUGUGAUGCCAGCGGGGCCUGGGGGAGCCUGAGUGAGUGUGGGAGGGCAAGCCUCUGGAAGAGCAGAGGCUGCGGAGCCAGAUGCCGGACUGUCUUGUCACUCAAAGGAAGGGGGACUGAUGUCAGCCACUGAGCGUUUGUGUCCCCUGGUGGCGGCAAGCCCUACAGUGGGCACACCAUACCUUUUCUGUCCCGCGUGGUCCUGGCAGCAGGCCUGGGAGGGGGAACGGCCCUUACUCAGCUUGCGGGUGGGACCGUCUUAACUGGAGAGGUGCCAAAGAUGCCUUCCAUCAGAGGCCGGGACGGGCGUGCUAAAGAGACUUCUUCUCUCGCCCUCCCCCCAGGUUGUGUGUGUCCCGCUGUGGAUUCUCAUGUCCUUUCUGUGCCUGGUGGUCCUCUACUACAUCGUGUGGUCCGUCUUGUUCUUGCGCUCUAUGGAUGUGAUUGCCGAGCAGCGCAGGACACACAUAACCAUGGCCCUGAGCUGGAUGACCAUCGUGGUGCCUCUUCUUACGUUUGAGAUUCUGCUGGUUCACAAACUGGAUGGCCACAACGCCUUCUCCUGCAUCCCGAUUUUCAUCCCCCUUUGGCUCUCGUUGAUCACGCUGAUGGCAACCACAUUUGGACAGAAAGGAGGAAACCACUGGUGGUUUGGUAUUCGCAAAGAUUUCUGUCAGUUUCUGCUUGAAAUCUUCCCAUUUCUACGAGAAUACGGAAACAUUUCGUACGAUCUCCACCAUGAAGAUAGUGAAGAAACCGAAGAGACCCCAGUUCCGGAGCCUCCUAAAAUCGCUCCCAUGUUUCGAAAGAAGGCCAGGGUGGUCAUUACCCAGAGCCCUGGGAAGUACGUGCUCCCACCUCCCAAAUUAAAUAUCGAAAUGCCGGAUUAGAUGCCACUUCCGGGGACAGAGCUUAAGUGGACUGAGAUGUGCUCUCUCCACCUUCCUCUGCCCCCUCGUUCACCCCGCAAAGCAGAACCAGAACUGGAGCUGGGUCUCCAGGUACGUCCAUCUCAUGCCUUGUUUGCAUCCAGCGCCUGUCAGCCACUCACCACGACGGGAUGCGGAAGUGGCAGGUGACAGGGGCGUGUGCCAGCCGAUGUGGACGCCGGGUAGGGUGUGAGAACAGGCGCGGGAUUUCCGUCCGUCUGGGAGGGGCUCCAGGUGCUCCUCUUCCCCGUGGCACCCACCGGGGAAUGGCUGCUCACCAGGCCCUCAGAAGGAACGUCUGUUUACACGGUGCUGAAAUCCCAAUGAAAAGCAUUGUUCAGAAAUGCCUUUCUCCACAGGGCUGAGCUCCUCCCGCAGUGCACUCAGCACUCCCCGGUCGGUCAGGGCUGGCGUAGUCAGUAGGAACUGGAACCAUGUCUCUGACGCACCACGAGUUUAGGCACGGCACAGUCCUUUCUUCUGUUCCUACUGUGGAAGUAGUUUCUCUUUGGGCAUGCUGAGAGCAGUUUUUCAUAGCCUCACCGAUGAGCCCUUUUUACGGGAGUGACUCCAUGCCUGUAUGCAGAGUAUUUAUAGAAAUAUGUUAGCAUCGUGAUAUGCGGUGUUAACCCCUAGUUCUGUACAGCACAUUCUGUUAGAGUAUCUUUUUUACAAGCUUGUGCUGCAGGCAGAUGCCUUCUGCUGCAAAAGUGGACGCCCUUGGCACACCCGUCCCGCCCCAGCGGGGUGCCACACUCCCACAGGACAUUGCCACUUCUGCCCUGGAACUCAUGCAGGUACGCAGUAGCUGCUACUGCCAGGACAGCAACGCCAAGCCGGAGAUGCUCCAUGCUGCUUCUGACGUUCUCAGAGUAGUGGCUAGCCGAAAACCCAACAAGCGCGACUUGAAGCCAGAGCGCUGGAGAAUGUUGCCGAGGGCAGAAACGGCCACGCGGGUAACGUCUGUGCGUGGGGAAGUCUCAAGCUUCCCUCCUGCCAGCGAGAAGAAGGCUUUGCGGUAGGCACGGUGGUUUCACGUGUGCGUGCAGUUUCUUCAAGCGCUGCAGCUUCCUCCAUGCAUCAGAGGUUGCAAGUUUAACGUCGUCCUGCCUGAAAACAAAUAGGUUGUUCGCUGAGAAGAGGCUAAAAAAGAGCAUUGAUCUUCUCACCCAGGAGAAGAGUGUGGCGUUUCAGUGCAGGCGACUGCUCACCGGCCUACAUGGGGCUGAAUUCAAGUCCGCUGCAAACAACUCCGCCCCUGGCACUGGCGUCCAGCAAGCCUAUUCUCUUUGGGGUAUGGGGGAACGGGAUGGUUUAGCCCUUCCAGCUCAGUGUGUAAAAAAUGCAGCUAAAGCCAGUAGUUUUGCUCUCUUAAGCUGUUCAAUAAACCGGCUCCUCAUUUUA